UUUAUUCAAAGAGUUCAUGAAGUGACGCUGAAACCAGAGUGGCAGCACCUUUAGCCAAUCACAAGUGCGUGUAGGCGGGACUCCGGAGGGGCGUGGCCACAGCGAGUGUGGUUGACUCGCAGCGCACACACAAUGGCUGCUCGAAAGAGGAGAAAGCAAACAAUUUUCAGGCCCGCUGCGUCCCGCAAAAAAUAUGAGAAAAAAAUUUGUAAAAAUACGGAAAACAGUUGAAAGUCCAGAAAAACACAGCAGAAAGGAUGUUAAAGCGACCAGGGCUUUUGAGUCCAGGCAGUGUUGAAGGCGCCAAACUGGAUAGGGUGGCUACAUUAGAAUUAGUCUGGCACCAUGCUGCUGUCCAUGUAGCUGCUCUGCUCUAGGGUGCCAUGGCCUCGGGAAGCCAGGACCACCGUAGGCACCUCCUGGAGAAAGCCAAGCUCGCACCACCCUCAGCAAGGCGCAGAAGAUCAGAAGUAAAAGUGAAAAAAAAUUUUCUUUGCCCGGAGUGUCAGAAAGCAUUCAACAGUCUGGAAAAAUUGAAGGUGCACUCAUAUUCUCACACAGGAGAAAGACCUUACCGCUGCUCCCACCCUGACUGCACCAAGGCUUUCGUCUCCAAAUACAAGCUGCUACGGCAUAUGGCAACUCACUCUCCAGAAAAAAACCACAAGUGUUCAUACUGUGAGAAAAUGUUCCACCGCAAGGAUCACUUAAAAAAUCACCUUCACACUCAUGACCCGCACAAAGAGGCCUUCACCUGUCAGGAGUGUGGCAAAAGUUACAACACCAAGCUGGGUUUCAAGCGCCACAUUGCGCUCCAUGCCGCCAACAGUGGAGACCUCACCUGCCAGGUGUGUCUACAGCUGUUCCCAAGUACUGCGGUCCUCCUGGAACACCUCAAGACGCAUUCGGGCAAGUCUUCUGGUGGGACCAAAGAAAAGAAACAUUGCUGUGAGCACUGCGAGCGAUGUUUUUACACCCGGAAAGAUGUGCGACGCCAUAUGGUGGUGCACACUGGGCGCAAGGACUUCCUGUGUCAGUACUGUGCCCAGCGCUUCGGACGGAAAGACCACCUGACACGCCAUGUUAAGAAAAGCCAUGCCAGGGAGCUGCUGAGGGUAAAGACUGAGCCAACAGAUUUGCAGGGGUCUGGGAUCGAUUUGCCAUUGGGGAGCAUAAAGGGUGAGCUGCUAGGAAUGUUGACACCCAAGUCCCACCAGCCCAACGCAUGUCCAGGACUGGCCGUUGAUCCACAGCCCUUUUUCUCCCCGAAUCAGCCCUUCUCCUUAAAAUAUCCUCUGGGCCCCAAUAUUACCUCAUAUUCACCCCCCUCACAUCAGAGGGAGCAGGCUCUAAAGGGAGAACUGGAGACGUUCCUGAUGGAGUUUCAGAGCAGCACGCCAUCCUCCUCCUCUGCAACACAGGAGCCCCAGCGGUCUUUCACCAAACCUGAGAUGCCUGCAGAAAGUGUCUUGAAUGAGUCAAACGAGGAGGAGGCCCUGUCCAAAAUGUCCACACUGGCGGCUGUCACAACAGGUGACUCUCCUGCCUCAUCUUCUCCUCUGAUGGACUUUACUCAGCUCUUCAGCUUCCUUCCUUACAGCCAGGUUGCAGGCAGCAGUGGGAUAGUAGUCGCCUCUCAGCUUAAUGAAGAGCCUACACAUUUGGCCCAGCUGUCUUCUCAGCCCCCCACAAGCCCUGAUGCCUCAGAGAAUCCACUUCAAGGAAUGCCUUCUCCUUUUUUAUCUGCCAUGAGCACACCUACCACACUUCCUCGCUUUCAUCAAGCUUUCCAGUAGUCAGGAAUUUACUGGACAUAAUCCGCCUUCGCUCUAAAACAGCGACAGGAGCACAACUGAGGACUGCAAUUGAACGUGCAAAUAGGCUUAUUUCAAGAGCCGAUAAGCAGAGUAAGUGUUGCUUGAUGAUCGGGACUGACUGCAGGUAUACACCCCUACACACACCACCACCAUUGCCUCCACCACUCAAAGUCAACGGCCAACGCUGCAAUAUGUUUCUGCUGUCAACACGGAGAGCCUUUUCAACCAUCAUUGUAAGAAAAAGCUCCUUUCAGUUAUUUUAGAUUUGCCUCCAAAGCCAUUUUCCUCCAUUUUCACCUUUGUGGUUCGUAUCAGUUCUGAUAAUGAAAAGCAGAAUGUUAUUUUUCUGCUUUUUCUAAAACAGUUUGUCAUGAGCUGUUUAGUAUUCAAUCUGAGGCUGCAUGUCUUUAUGCCUCAGAUACCCAGCAGUUGUUCAAGCAGCCGUUUCAUGAGAAAAACCUCUAAUCUAAAAACAACUUCCUUCAUCCGGAUUAUAAAUCUGUUCAUUUUCUGUCAGCAUCAUAAUGUUUUGACUAUUGCUAAAAUGGUCAAAACAUUCUGCUUUUACAUGAGCCUCAGUAACUAGCUUUAUUGAAUUUUGACGUUAUUAUUUUCUGUAAAGUUAUUUACACCAGAAACGUUCUCCCUGUAACCAGGGGGAGGGAUUACAGAAAUGACACAUGAAUGUCAUGGUCAGGUUCUAUGUCUGCUGUCUUCAAGAUGCAAAAAAAUGACAUCCAACUUUCAGAAAAGAAGCAGCACGUAAAGCAGCUGCUGUACAAUCAAAUCCACACUCUGAUUACUCUGUACUAACGUACUCAAUGAGGUCAGGUCAGACACACCGGUCAAACCUUCAUUCGGUUUUCCACACCUGUAAAGUUUGUCCAAUUCCAGUCCUUUGGACUCACCACGCUGCAUAUUUUCAGGUUCCUGUUUAAGCACAGCUGACUUGACUUGCUGUCGUCAUAAAAAUCCUACGAGUUGGUGGUCCUGAGGAAACCUACUUCCAGACAGAAUCCUACCGUUUUUAAUCUCUGCGUCUUUAGUCCAUGCAUUCAGUGAUUUGGAUCAAACACUAUACUGGUAAAUGACCUGAACUCUUAACAACUUGAAACAGAUAUUAAAAGAAGAAUUCUGUUAUCAGUUCAACUGAGCCAGAAAAAACCCCUAAGAAAAAUAAAUACUGCUCAACUUUCCCCAAAUAUUUACAUUUUCCAAGUUGAAGCUAAAAUACUUUCUUAGGACCCUACAUUGUCUUGUAAUCAAGGAAGUAAUGCUGCUCUCUAGGAAUGCUUCCUAGAGUCAGUCUGUAGGGGUUCUCCUCCUAUUAGAAGCUAGACUGACAGGCUGGGUUCUACAGCAUGUGGUUCAAAGUAUAUAUCAUAUCACAAUACAAUGAUUCCAAGAUUCUAGGACCAGCUUGAUUGGUUGGUGGGUAAUGUAAACAUACAAAUGUGAACAAAUACUCCUUUGGUUUAGUUCAAUGAGAUGGCUUGGAGGCACAGACACUGUUAGCAAUCAGAACUCAAAAUACUAGUGUUAACUCAAAGCCAGCAUUUCAGUUUAGCUGCAUGCCAGCACUCUAAUGUUGACGAGCACAUAGAGACACGGCCAUGUCAACGUGCUUUUCUGAAUGAUGCAUGUCAGGGAAACAUGUUAUCUGAAGGGAGAACAGCAUAGAUACAGUUCCUGACAGCAUGGGGGUGGGGGGCCUUAAAACAAAGUGUCUUUUUAACCACCAGUUACCUCCACCUUUCCUGCUUUCCUACAGCUGUCAGUCAGUUAACAUGUUAUUCAUUUGAUUCUACAAAAACUAGUUCAAACAUGCAAAUGUCUUAAAAUUUCUGAAAUAAGACUGACAUGGUUAAGGAACAUGCGCUUCGUGAUUACUGUAUGUUCCUUUUAGCAUAGGAUGGACAGAUGGUUCUUUACAUUUUGAUGCAAUUUUCCACUCUGACAUUGUUACUUUUACUAUGUAAUAUUUCUAUAUCUUUCAAAGUUAAAAUGUUGCAUUUAAUACUGCUAAUUUACUACAUACUUGCUGCCUACAUACAGGGCUGUAAAGGUCACAGUCUGAGGCUCUUGGCACUGUUCACUGUGAAGUUCAACAAUUCAGUUCUUGGACAUUUGGGGUCAGGGAAAAAACCAUAAGGGAUGGAACCUGCUGCUGCAAAAGGCUGUAAUGCAUAGCUGGAUGGUUUGUGGUAGUGCACACGGGGCAGAGGCUAAAAGGGGCUUCGUCUGCUAUCAGCCCCGCUUUAGUUCCAAUUGUAUGUAAAUGCUGAAGCUGAGAAAAAAGCCCGUUCUGGGAGAUCCACAGAAGGGUCACUUUGGUUCCUCCCUGUUCUGUUACAGGUCACUGUCCAUCAAGGCAUUCAGAAGGGAGAGGCAGGACUUUCUAUGGCCACUCCUUACUUUUCAGACAGUAAAAAGGCUGAAUCAAAGAGGAGAGGCCUCAGUCACUGCUAACCUGCUGUUUGUAUGUUCAUCUCUUUUUAUAUAAAACUCAAACUAACAUGGGAGAUAACAUUCUUGAACUCUUAAAUGUGGAAGUUUGUUCUCCAUUUUCUAUCACACAAACAUAUAACUCAUGAGUAUCUAUAUUUGAUGUUUAAUGUGUUAAAAAAAAUAGGUUAAAUGGUAAAGCUAAAUGCAGCUGAGCUGCACUGGAGCCUCUGUCAAAAGAGGGAGAUGUUAAACAAAGACAGAGGCACGUUGUUACGUGAUCUGCAGAGAGCAGAUCUGGUAAAACUCCACGUUAAAGAAAGAGCUUUUAAGAUCACUACUUCAGGACAUUUAUACAUUUAAAUAAGUUAGACUGUCAUGACUAAAAACAAACCGGUUAAACAUCAAGCUUCAUGCAGAAUCGCUGUCAGACUUUUUCAGAGUUGUUGGAAAAUGAUCCAAGCUCUGAAAGUGACCCAUGGUCUAUGGAGCAGAGUCUUUGUUCUCUAUAAGUUUAGAACAAGACACAGGACUGCCCUUCUACAGAAAUCAGGAAGAGGAAACUCACUUUAACAGAAACUGUCUAUCUUCCUGAAAAGGUAACAUUUUAUGAGCAUCUGCAGCCCAAAGGUCAUUUUACAUGGGAAAAGGUAUUUUGUGUUUGUACUAUAUAUUGCAUGAACAUGGACUCACCUGAAUGACAUUACAUGCAGUCAUAAUUGCAGCUGCUUACAGUGUGCGUGGUUUGAAAACAUUUAUCAGGGUGGAGAUGUGUAUCUAGUGAAGCUCUGAGCUUUCACAAAGACUUUGCAAUUUACAAUUUUUGUCCUCAAUAGCACUUUGAAUAGAAUGUCAUAUUUCUUUAAAACAUUUAUAAUAAAUGUAUAGAUUAUAUAUUUAGAUCUACCAGACAGCACUUAUAUGUAAAUACUAUAAAAUGUUUUACUUUUACAGAUUGAGUUUCACAGACAGUUUGCCUUUUUGCACAGGGGCUCUGUGUAUGUCUUAAGCUAUGCUUCUUUAAAUUGAGACUUUUUUGUUUGUUAUGAGGGUUGACAUCUGUUAUAGGAAAUAUUUAAACCUACAACCCCACUUUAUAAUGCUAAUUCUGACUUCUGCUCGUGGCUCAAAGGACUUCUUGAUGGGAAAAAGUGAUUUUUCUGAUGACACCACUCACAUAAAUGAGGAAGCUAUAGUUUCAUCGACUGUCUUAAGCUUUGAAGUUGAUCAGUUUAAAGCAGAUCUGUGAAGAUUCAUUCAUCUAAGGUGGGUUAUUGCAGAAAAGGUUUUAAGAAGGUCAUCUGGACUCAGUUUAUAUAGGUUGAAGGCAUUUCACCUCUCAUCCCAAGAGGCUCUCUUAAUUCUAGUGCAUAUCAGAGUUGAAAGGUUUGCACUUGUUUCAAAUAUGAAACUGAAACCAGCAUUUCUUAUGUCAAUAGAAAUCAACAAAUUCACUCAUGUCUCAGUAAUUUAGCUAGAAACAGGUUUUUAGUGAGAAGCCAAACACUGAGCAAACUUCCGUGGUACAGAGAUCUGUUGUGAUUGUGUAUGUCAGACAUAUUGCCAUGUGCCUUGGUGUUGGAAUAAGCUGCUAACAUGUGUCUGCAGCUCCUGAAGGUGCUACAGAACUCUCUAGUUCCUCUGUCUCUGAAAGGAUUUCAUUUAAACUGUUCAUGGGCUGAACUCUGUAGUUACAUCUACUUCUGUUGUACUGUGACUGCUGUCAACUUGUUACCCAUGUAUGUGCCUGUUCUGGCCCUCCACCCCCACACCUGUCACCUCUAAUACACCUGAGUCAAUGCUUCGCUGAAGCAGGUCAUGGCUAAACUUCUUAAAGGUGUUGCAAGCUUUUACUUUUUAAUAAUGCUGUUCUUAACAGUGAGUGAGUACAAAUAUCUUCAUGUUAUUUUCCAGAUCUAUUACACAAACUACUGUUGUAUUUUUAUACAUAUAUAAUUCAUAUAAACAGAAGUGAACUUAAUGUUUAGGGUGUGUAAAAUAAGUAUUAAUGCUGCCUUUUUUCAAAUAUAGGCAUAAUCCAAAGAAACAGAUUAUUUAUUGCUUGGCAGAAUAACCUGGUUUAAUUCAAAUACAUUGCUGCUAUGGGAGUGAAGAGUUGUAUUUAACAACUCCAGUGUUUUUACUCUGUAAUGAACGUUGAAUAAAUAAAAGAGGAAGACCCAA